CAAGCUGCCGAGAAGUCAGCCUCGCAGGAGCCCAAGGCAGGGAAACAAAGAGUUAAACGAUAUCCUGAUGGGCUGGUGAGCUCAUCAGAGCUGGAAUAUGCUCAUUACACUCAACAGAGCCUGGUAGACACCAUCUGGAGGGAUGCGGGGCUGGAAGUGAGCAUGGGUUAGGAGAGCAGGACCUUCAGCUGCAGCCUGUCCCACCGCCGGUGGGGUGGGCAGCCACCGCAGAGCCAGCUCAGCCCAGCAGGAUCCGUCCCUCGUUACCACUCCCUGCGUGCCCCCUGGCAGCUGGGUUACCACCUGCGCUCUCGGGGGAUGCUUGGUGCAACUGGCUGGGACCACCGAGGCACAGCAUGGUCUCCUCCUCAGACCCUGUCACCAUGGAAAAUCCCCCCAAGAGCCCUGACGGAAGCGAGAAGUCCCCUCAGUCCAAGGAGCUGCUGACCAGCAACACGGCCAGCACCCUCUGCAUCAGCUCCCGGAGCGAGUCCAUGUGGACCAGCGCGUCCCGGAGCAAGUGGGAAAUAUACCACAAGCCCGUCAUUGUCGUGUCGGUCGGAGCAGCCGUCUUCCUCUUCGGGACGGUCAUCACCAGCCUGUCGUGUAUCCAAAUCAAGAACAAAAACAUUUACAAAAUGUGUGGCCCAGCUUUUCUGUCCAUGGGACUGAUGCUCCUCGUUUGUGGCCUAGUCUGGAUCCCCAUCAUCCGGAAGAAGCAGAAGCAGAGACAGAAGUCACAGUUUCUGCAGAGCCUCAAGUCCUUCUUCUUCAACCGCUGAGGGCAGCCCACAGCCUUCCCAGAAAGGCUCCCUCCCCUCCACCCUCCUCUGCUGAUUAGCCAUAAAAAGAAACAUGCUUUUGUACCCUCCUAGAGGAAUUUAUCCCAGACAGUCUCUUCCCUACAGGCGGAACACACUGUACCGGUGCCCGGUGUAUAAGAGAACUUUGCAUUUCACCCAAGGAAUCCCAGGAAGAGGAGAGCGGGACAUUGCGGCCCAGCCCGGCACGGCAGGUCGGAGCGCUCUGCGCCCUGCACAGCGGCCGAGCACCGCCACGCAUGGGGAAAGCAGCGCUCCUCGGAGCACGGCCCGUGCCUUACCGCUCCGGCAGGGCGCCUGGGUGGAGAGGAGCCCGCCGGCCCCGCCGCCGGAGCGAAGCCUGGUGUGAGCGCUGCUGCCUGCAGUCGGCACUCUGCACCUAUGCAAUGGUGGUGGGCCCAAGGCCACUCACCCAGAGCCAAGGAGCGGGGCAGUGGGACAACGCGGUGCCACGCUGCUUUGUAUCAGAAGAGGAACCAGAAUGGACAACGCACGUCACCAGAGCAGAGCAGAUGUGACAUCCACGGCCUGCAGUUCCCACGUGUGGACCCUUAUGACAGCUGGCCAAGACACGGCUGUACCUAGAGCUCACUUCUGGCUCGGGGUGUGGCAUUCACACAUAUUUAUUCCUCUACAGGGUCAAGGUGAGGAGCAGCAACACACGCAGAAUUUUUUAGCUCCUCUUGGCAGAAGGUGUUUGAGCAAGGCUGUUCCCCCAGGCCUGCAGGGACUACAUUGUUUUGCAGCUUCUCUUCAGUCGCGCUGAUGUUCUCUACCAGAGCCACCCAAAAACUGAGCUUUGGCCCUUCCAUGAGCCCAGAACUGGACUACAAGCAAGGAAGAAAGUUCUUUGUCUCCACCACUUUGUAUUUCUGCCUUAAUAAAUGUGUGCUCUGAGGCAAUUCCCCAAGGAAAGCAAGGAUCUUUUCUGCAUGGUUUUUGAUUUAAUUUCAUAUUUUCAGCAGGCCUUAAAAGAUAAAUUUGAAAUGCUAAUUCUCAGUCUGAAGAACUGGUCUCUGUCUGGACAGCUAAACCUGGGUUGACAUAAAUGGGUCCACAACAUCAGCCAGCUCCUAACUCCGGACAGGAAUCUGCUUUUUCCAAAGAGCUGAUCCAUCCUGGAUCCCGCAGCAGCUGUCAGGUCUGCACCUCUGGCCAGGCCCCCAGCUCAGCAAGCUAAGGCUCAGGUGCCCUGACUCCCAUGGUGGGGUGAGGACUCAGCACCCCCACGGGUGGGCAGGACAUGGCUUGGUGCUGACCAGAAGCAGAAGAGGAACAGCAGAGGAGACCCCACCAAGGUCCUCUUUGCAGUCUGCAUCUUCACAGCCAAGCUGAGGCAGCCAGGUUGCUCUUCCAAUGCCAUGGGAGGCAUAAAGCUGGCAGGGGUGUUCUGAAAGAAUUUGCAAUGUAUUUGAGCCAGGGACUGAUAAUCUCCAAUAACUGCUAAUAAGAAGCUUGUGUAAGCCCAUAGGUUUCUCUAACCCUGUGCCACACUUCCACCAACAGCUCCCAGGAAGUGCUAGAGAAGAGUCCCAUGAAUGGGGUGUGCAAACACAGACCCUUCUCCAGGUUUGUCUCACCUCCCAGCGGCUUAGAGCCAAGGCAGAAUUUGCUCCAGACCACUGUUUAGCACUGAUAGAGCCAACAUGCUCUGCUCCUCCUGUUUUGCCCACUUCUUCAAAUCAGUUUGGACUUUCAGGAUGUGCCACAGACUGUCACAAUCCCUCCAAGUCCUCUAAUCUGGGGAGCAAAGUUCAGCUGGUGCCACCAUCCACCUCCUUGGAGCAUUCCCACCCUCUCCCAUGGGUCAGGCCUGUUAAAGCAGUGGGAGAUCCCUGGCAAUGAAUUUUGAGGAGGACAGUGUGGAAAAGAGGUACAGCAAACUCUACAGUAUUUUGCAUUGAAUUAGGAUAGUGGGUAUCAACGCAGCCUGAACAACUUCCCAUAAUCUCGGAUGUUGCAUUCAGCAGAGUUGCAGCAGGGCAUAGGUGAUAGCCAGAGAUGCUGGGAGCUCUGGAUAACAUCAAGACACCCAGCAAAAGGUUGGAGGAUAACAGAUCCUGCUGCUGCAGGCCAUCAGGAGCCCAGACGGUCAGAUAAAAGGGAGAUGUGCUUGGUGCAGUCAGGGACCAUGAAGCUGGAGCUGUGGGGACUGUGCUCAGGGCCCAGAUCUGACUCCCCAUGCAGAAUUAUUUAACCUCCUGGCCACCUCUGGCUGAACUCCCUUAAAACAGUGCCACUUCAGCAUUUCUGCCUGCAGAUAUAGCCUGGGGCACCCAGGGCCCAAAACAUUCAAGUGACCUGAUUGAGCUGGGAGGCUGAGCACCCUCCAGGAUGUGAUCCAGGUGGGCCAGUGCCUGGAGAGCCCCAAGGCCUGCGAGGGGACAGUGCGGAGGCAGCUGGCUGCUGGUACAGCUGGGUGAUGGCUACUCGAGGAACACACGUCCUUUUGCCCCAGGCUGCAUUUCCUGGGUGGUGCAGAUAGGUCCAUCCCCGGCCGGCUGGUGCCAGGUUGUGAAUGAGGUGUUGGAGGUGCGUGGUCUGGCACUGGACCCAGCGAACCUCCGUUCAUUCUUCAGCCAUUCAUCCCACUGCACGGUGUGCUGCUAUUUUUUUCAGCCCUGGCUUGGCACAAGGCUGAAGUCUCUAUUGAUCCAUCUGCAGUGGGCAGAAGCAGCUCACCUCAAGCAGCUGCUCGAGGACUAACAGCAGUUGGAAAAGGAGACAAAUGGCAGGGCUUGCAAGAAAGAAAUCGCAGAGCAACCCAAGGGAUAUCCCAUUCCCCGUCUGGCUCCAGCCUGCAGGUCUGGUGCCGGGUGCUGCCCAGGCUGGAGGAGGCACCUGGGAUGGCCUCAGCUGCAAACAGCUCUGCUGGGCAGCCAGAGGCUGCUUGGCCAGGCUCCCUGCCCGAAGGGAUGUGAAAGGAGGACUCAAAGCACCAAACAGCGCAGGCAGAUGGAGCAGGGGGUCCUGUCCUCCAUGUCUCACAACCAAGGAGAAGGUCAGUGAAGUGUUAAUAGGAUAAGAAGUCACUGAGAUCACAAAUGUAAUGGGAUUCCUAGCUGGUCAUUUAUAAUGUGAAUAUUCAAUUUAAUUAAAGCAAAAUAUCCCAAGGGACUUUCACCUUGC